GACGUUGCUGAGUCAGAAGCUAUGAAUGUGCUCGGCUAUUUACUAGUGGCACUGACGGUAUCGGCGGGCAGAGCUUAUGGGAACUCGGACAGCGAUGACAGUGACGAGUCGCAGUGGGAGGACUGUCCGGUGGAGCACCAGCUGUGCAGUUUAGAGAGCCGCAAUAAUACGCCCGUGCGCUGCGUGGAGAAGCUCUUCAGGGCAGACAUAACUGGCCUGGUCUACUGCAAUGCCCAGCACUGUGAACCGGAAACGUUUAAACACGAUUACAUCGUACGCAAUCACGACCAGAGCCCGCAUGUCAACAGCUGGAAGCGGACCAGAGCGGGCGAGGUGGGCACGCUGCACGACGUCUGCCUGCUGCGCAAUGGAUUGCCCGUGACCCGCAAGUGCGAGGUGUGGGGCAUGCGAGCGCGGUGGGAGUCGCUCGACCAGCGGCCGUACGUGGUGUGCAUGCGCAGAUUCCGGGAGCGAUCGAUCAGCGUGGAGCUGAACAGCCUGCACGACGACAUGCUGGAGGGCAGGAGGCGUGCCAACAGCACCCAGGAGCGUCGUGGCACCACGGCAAUGAUGCGCGACAUGUUCCGGCAGCACGACAAGGCCCUGCUGCCAGCCGACGUGCAUGUGGUGGGCCAGGUGUUCGGGGAGCUGCUGGAGCAGGAGAAAGACGCCGCACUGAGCGCCGAUCUGAUCAGCAUUUGUCGCGAAAUCAUGUCCAGCGAUGCGCAGGUUCUGCAGCUCUCGGCUCAGCUGAAUGCGACCAACUCGCUGCUAAACAAAUUCGAGGACUACAUGGAUGCACUGCCGCAGCAGCUUGUGCCCCGAGAGCGUUGCGGCAGGGUCGUCGUUCAUGCGGCUGGCGAGGCUGGCGAGGUGGCUGCCAGUGGCAUGGAAAUCCUCAAUAAUGCCAAUCUCGGCGUGCAUGCCAUGUUGAGCAGCAACCUGAGCGUCUUCUAUGUGAAUCCCGAAUGCGAAAGCAUCACGGGCAUAGCUAUAUAUUCAGCGGCAGCUCCAGAUCGCAAGCAGGCCGUCAGCCAGUUUUGGUUUCGCUUUCUCUAUGCCAACGAGAACCUGGAGAAGCUGCGCCGGGAACAGGACCUGGAGACGGCCACGUAUGUGCCAGAGCAGCUGUGGAAGCAGCUGAAGCAGAGAGGCGCCACGUAUUUGAUACUCAAGAUCUAUGGCCACGACGGGCUCUUUGUGGAGACAGCUCCGCAACGCAGUCGCAGGCCGCGCAGCAAAGUCUUGUCCAUAUCGAUACCCGGCUGCGAGGGCACGCAGUUGCCCCAGCCGCUUCCCUUCCUGCUGCGCAACGAGAACCAUCGGCAGCCGGACACGCGGGCUGUCAACGCAGGCUGCGGCUGUGGCUACUGGAACUACCAGACUUGGGUGAGCGACGGCAUCACCACCAGCAAUGGAACGGAUCUGCUGCGGGAUCCGAUAGUCGUCUGCCAAACGCGCCACCUGACCCAGUUCUCGUACCUGGUGGGCGGCAGCUAUCGCAGCAACGACCUUGGCGACGAGGUGCUAGUGACCCCAAUCAAUGAGCGUGUGCUGGACAUCAUCUCCAUUGUGGGCUGCUGCCUGUCGCUCUUCGGCGUGCUGGGCAUCUUUCUGACAGCGCUGCUGUUCAAGAGCUGGCGCAGUCAGGCGUCCACCAAAGUGCUGAUGCACCUCUGCCUGGCCAUGAUGCUGCAAAUGGUGCUCUUCGUGUUCAUCAACACGGACGACAUCUCGGAGCAGCUGGUCGUCCAUGGCGACAACGUGCGCUGUGUGCUGCUGGGCGCUGCCAUGCAGUACACCAUUCUGGUGCUGUUCAGCUGGAUGCUGAUUAUCGCCUUCCUGCAGUUCCAGCGCUACGUCACGGUGAUUGGCGUCGAGCGGCCGCGUCGCUACAUCCUGAAGGCGGCUCUCGUGGCCUGGCUGCUGCCCCUGCUGCCCACGCUGCUGGUGGCGUGCAUCGAUCCGGAGUCGUAUGUGCCCACGGCCGAGCAGCUGGCCACGGACACGGGCAUCUGCUAUCCCUCCGGCUACGGGCUCACCUUCGGCAUCGUGCUGCCCGUGACGCUGAUUACGGUUGCCAACCUGGUGAUCUUUGUGUACGUCUUCUACAGCAUUUCGCACUCGCUCAGCCAGAGCAUUCAGCGGGCGGAGCGCAAGUUGGUCCACAAACAGAUUCGUCUGUCUGUGCUGCUCUUCUUCCUGCUCGGCCUGUCCUGGAUCUUUGGCAUCUUCGCUUACAUGCAGGCGGGCGUGGCAUUCUCGUACCUCUUCUGCCUAACGGCCACGCUGCAGGGCUUCGUGCUCUUCAUCUACUUUGUGCUGCUCGACGAGGUCAAUCGGCGAGCCUGGAUAGGCCUGCUCUGCCCCACCAAGAUGAAAAUGGACGUGCAGAAGCGCACUACCGAGUUGCAGUCGAUGACCACCAGCUCCACCAACUAUUCCAGACCGGUGCAAGGGGCAACCAGCUGCUGACUGAAACUUUGUAACGAACAAACUCUAACUAGCUGCGUAUUCAUAAUUUAUUGUAACUCAUAUUUAAUCAAUAAUUAAUAAACAUUGUGUAAAUUAU